AUGUCUACUCUGUUGGAAUUGACCACCGUCACAAUGGGUAAGCAUUUUCUAUCUCUCGCGCUCGACCAUGGCGAUGCCGCCCGCCGGAGGAGGAUCGACGAAAACAAUUUCGAUAAUUUUGCACUUCGACUGGGACGACAAGAAUGA